AUGAGCACCGCCAGCUCUUUCGAGGACCUCUCGACACCCGUCUCGGAGGCCGGCAUCCCCUCGGCGCACCUCAAGGCCGCCAACUCACCCUCCCGACCCGCCAAGGCCGGCCUGCCGCCUCCUCAAGUCGCCGUCGGCACCCGCGACGACGCCUACUACCGCUCGCUCCUCCCAAGCACACGGUUCUUAGUCCGCCAAAAGCUCGUCGCCAGCUUAGAGCGCGAGAUGAGCAUCCUCGAGGGCCUCCAGACCAGGUGGCGCACACCGGGUCGCGACGAGUACUUUGUCAAGACGAGCCUGCUCGGGACGCACACGUUCUUCAUGGUGUUCCUCCCGUUGUGGUUCUGGUUCGGGUACCGGGACGUUGGCCGAGGGCUCCUCUACGUUCUCGCAGCAGGUGGCUACGCGACGUCUGUCCUCAAGGACGCCUUCUCGGUCCCUCGCCCCUACUCGCCGCCCGUCGUGCGCCUCUCGGUCGGCUCGCACGCGCUCGAGUACGGCUUCCCCUCGACUCACUCGUCCAACGCGUGCUCGAUGGCCCUCUUUGCCGGCGAGACGCUCCUCAACAAGUUCGAGCUCGGCGUCGGGGCAAAGCUCGUCGCGGUCGUCGGCCUCGCCGGGUUCGCGUGGAGCGUCACGUUCGGGCGGCUGUACACGGGCAUGCACUCGAUCAUGGACGUUACGGUCGGGUCGACUAUCGGUGCCGUCAUCUGGCUCGCCUACUUCUUCCUCGCCGACUCGAUCAACGCGGCGACGCUCGGCUCUCGGUGGCUCGGCACGACCGUCAUCGUCCCGACCCUCCUCUUCCUCGUCACGGUUCACCCCGAGCCCGCAGAAGAGUGCCCCUGCUUCGAGGACGCCGUCGCGUUCCUCUCGGUCGUCGCCGGCGCCGCCCUCGGCGAGGCCUGGUCGCCCGCCGUCUUCCCGACGCACUCGUACGGCUUCGCGUGGCGCUCAGCGACCGAGGUGGGCCUGUGGGCGGGAGCGGUCGGCGUCAAGCUCGUUACUGGCAUCUCGGCCAUCCUCGUGUGGCGCAUCAUCGCCAAGCAGGCGUGUCACGUCGCCCUGCCGCCCCUGUUCCGCCUCUUUGCACCCCUCAUCGAGCUCCCGAGGCGGCACUACGUCCCGGCGUCCGAGUACGACGCGUACCCGGCCAACGAGCACCUGAACCCGGUCCCGUCCAUCCUCGACCUCCCCUCGCUCGUCGACGACUCGGCCGUCUCGGCCUCGGCCUCUGCGUCCCUGCGCGCCUCGUCCCGCCUCAAGCUCGGCCCCACCUUGCGCCAACGCGCGCUCGCCGCGUCCCUCACGCCGCCCGGGUCGCCCACGACCGCGACCGCGCUGCCGCCGCCGCACGUCAGCUCCGGGUCGGCCUCGUCGCCGCACCGCCAGAGCGCUGACGGGCCGGGCGCCAAGCCGGGCGAGGAGCACAAGGACGCCGACGUGCUCACCAAGGUGACGGUCUACAUGGGCAUCGGCUGGAUCGCGACGAUUGGCCUGCCGUGGGCGUUCGCGAGGGCGGGACUGUCGGUCUGGGGCGAGGCGCUCUGA